AUGGAAGGUUCAAACAAUCCUAGUCAGGAAGUUGAAGAACCCGAGAGUGGUGAAGUUGAAGAACCAAAGCAGGGGAUGCGUUUUACUCCAAAGCAAGAAGUGUAUGCAUUUUAUGCAAAAUAUGCGAAGCACUUUGGAUUUGCUAUAGCUUAUGGAACACAAAAUUUUGGUAAUGAUGGGGAACUAAAAUACUUCGGAAUUGAAUGUACUCGAGCAAGGAUGAGAAGAAAGAGAUCGGAAGUGAACCCGCUAGAACCAUCUUUGUCAUCUAAAAAUGAUUGUAAAGCAAAACUAAGAGGGAGUCUACAAAAGGAUGGAACAUAUAAGUUGACAACCGUUGUGCUGGAGCAUACUCACGACUUGGUUCCUAGUGACUCAUGGCAUUUUGCUAUGAAUAAGAGAAUUCUAACUCCUGUGAAAAGAAGAUUAGAAAUAAAUGAUGAGGCAGGGAUAGGAGUGGCUAGGAAUUUUCAUUCUAUGGUUGUUGAAGCGGGGGGAUUUGAGGCAUUAACAUUUGACGAACGAGAUGCCAGGAAUCACAUUGACAAGGCUAGAAGAUUAAGGCUUGGAGUAGGAGAUGCCGAAUCAGUUGCGUUUUAUUUUCAUAGGAUGCAACAACAAAAUUCGAACUUCUACUCUGAAAUGGACUUUGAUGGAGAAGGACGCUUGCGGAACUUAUUUUGGGCAGAUGCAAGGAGUAGGGCAGCUUAUAACGCAUUCGGAGAUGUUGUCACAUUUGACACAACCUAUCUGACAAACAAAUAUGACAUGCCGUUUGCUCCAGCUUGGUUAAGUUGCAUGUCAGACACUCCUCCGAAUGCUAUAAUAACUGACCAGUGCAAAGCUAUGCAAAAUGCCAUACAAGUUGUCUUCCCACAGGCUCGACAUCGUUGGUGUUUAUGGCAUAUAAUGAAGAAAAUUCCAGAAAAAUUGAGAGCCUAUUCGGAAUAUGAAUCCAUAAAGUUUGCUUUGCAAAAGGCAGUUUAUGAGUCUUUCACAAAAAAUGAAUUUGAUGAAGAAUGGCAAGCAAUGAUUGAAAAGUUUGGUCUACAUGAUAACGAUUGGUUGGGGGGAUUUUAUGAUGAGCGACAUAGGUGGAUUCCUGCCUAUGUGAAAGACAUGUUUUGGGCUAGUAUGUCAACCACACAACGAAGUGAGAGUAUGAAUGCAUUUUUUGAUGGAUAUGUCAACUCGAAAACUACUUUAAAGCAAUUUGUUGAGCAGUAUGACAAUGCCUUGAGAAGUAAGGUAGAGAAAGAGGCCAAAGCAGAUUUUAAAUCUCGAAACAAAUUGUAUGAUUGCCUAACGAUGUAUGCUUUUGAGAAGCAAUUUCGUGCAGCAUACACAAACGCAAAAUUUAAAGAGGUUCAAGUAGAAAUGAAACGAUUAUUGUAUUGUCGUGCGACUCUUGUGGAAGAGAAAGGAUCAAUUUGUACUUAUCAUGUGAAAGAGGCUAUUCCAGUUGGUGAGCAAAUGAAGAAAGUGGAAUUUGUUGUGUACUGUACAUGA